AUGGGCAAGACAAAGUCCAUCGUGCUCGAUGGCCGAACUGGAGAGGGCGGCGGUCAGCUCGUCCGGCUAGGCAUUGCGCUGGCAGCGCUCACUGCACAAUCCGUCGAAAUAACGAAUGUGCGAGGCAAUCGGCCACGCGGUGGAGGCCUCAAGAACCAGCAUGUGGCAGCCAUCGAAUGGCUCGCCAAAGUCACCGAAGCUGACGUCCAAGGCCUCAGCGUCGGCUCCAAGACUGUGAGAUUCACGCCCACACGCCCCCCAACAGAGCUGUUCCAGCGAAGCAUCGCCAUCAGGACCGAAUCAGGAGCCGCCAGCACAAUGCUAGUCCUUCAGGCAAUGUUGCCUUUUCUACUCUUCGCAGGUAGCGAUACAAAGGAGCCCAUUGUGGUGGAGCUGUCAGGCGGCACAAAUGUUUCCUUCUCGCCGAGCUAUGAAUACUUUGACCAAGUAUUGGCGCCGACGCUGGAAGAGCGGUUCGGCAUACAUAUUGAACGACAGCUGAAAAGUCGUGGAUGGAGUUUGGGGCCGCUGUCUAGGGGGUCUAUUUGGCUCAGAUUAUACCCGAUACCCAACGGCGAGAAGCUCAGGUUUGUGCCUCCGCCGCGGUAUAGCUUCCCAGCCUCGUUUGAGGUGAAGAACGUUGAUGUUAGCAUCAUCACGCCUAUGCACUCGCAUAGCAAGCUUCAAGAGACGGUAGUAGAGAACGUUGGAGCACUUUGGCCAAGUGCCGAAAUCGACUUCAAAAUCGUCGAAGACUCAUGCAGCGACGCCCGCUGGUCGGUGCUUCUCGUGGCUCACUCAGCGGACGGCAUCCGCUGGGCCAAAGACGUCCUGACAUCCGCACCAAAGAAGACCAAGGAUUACGAUCGCUUCAUCGCGCUUCUCUGCAAGAAACUGUGCAAAGACUUAUACGCUGAAGUGUCUUUGGGUGGACAGGUGGACGAGCAUCUACAGGACCAGCUCAUCUGCUUCCAGGCGCUCUGCGACGGUCCAUCGUCUUUCCCUCGGGGUGAAGAGCCCGUCAACGAGUCCCUAGACGGUCCGCUCGGCCCGCUGAUCGACGCAAUGGGUGAGCUGAACGUUGGAGAAGGCAGGAUGAGGAGGGAAAAGACAGCUGGGCCGUUUGGCCAUGGCUCGACGCAUGCCAGGACGGCGCGCUGGGUCGUUGGCGAGCUUCUGCCCCGAGCCGAGUUUUACAACAAGGGAGACUUGGUGAAGGGCGUCGGCUUUUGCAUGGAGUGA